AUGACCAAGAUCUUGACCUCCAGCCAAGCUGAGGAACUGCAUAAGUCGAUUAUCGCAUACCUUUCAUCAAUAAAUGCCUCGCGGAGUUGUGAAGUGCUGCGGGAGGAACUCCAAGUGGACAGUAGUUUCGACGAUGCGCUGUGCCGGAAAUACGAGGGGCUAUUAGAGAAGAAAUGGACCGGAAUUGCUCGGCUGCAGAAAAAGAUCUUGGACUUAGAAUCUAAACUCGCUGGCCUCCAAACCGAGCUUGACACUAUAUCACCUACAGCCCGCUCCACCGGGAAAGAUCCGAUAAACUGGCUUCCCACUUCUUCCCGACAUACAUUCGAAUCGCACCGAGAUGCUGUCACUUGCGUCGCAUUCCAUCCUGUCUUCACCUCUCUCGCCUCCGGAUCCGAGGACUGCACAAUCAAAAUAUGGGAUUGGGAACUCGGCGAACUAGAGCGGACACUCAAGGGCCACAUGAGGCCGGUCUCCGAUCUCGAUUUUGGCGGUCAGAAGGGACAUACAAUACUAGCAUCGUGUUCGAGUGAUCUCCAGAUCAAACUGUGGGAUCCGAAUAAGGAUUAUGCCAAUGUUCGGACACUUUCUGGACACGACCAUUCAGUUUCGGCUGUGCGCUUUUUGCGACAGACAGAUAACAUCCUUAUCUCGGCCAGUCGGGAUGCAACGAUACGGAUAUGGGAUGUGUCGACCGGAUACUGUGUUAAGGUGAUCGACUCGCAGGGCUCCUGGAUCAACGACGUGUCUCCUUCCUUCGAUGGAAAGUGGUUGGUGACGGGAGGCCGUGAUCAAGCCGCGAUGGUUUGGGAAGUCGCAUCAGCCAAAUCGGUUGCGUCAUUAAUAGGUCACGAGAAUUUCAUCGAGUGCUGCGUCUUUGCGCCUCCCUCAAGCUAUAAGCACUUGGCUGCUAUUGCGGGACUAAAGACAGCACCACCUGCAAGUAGCUCCUCCGAAUUUAUUGCGACGGGAGCCCGUGACAAGACGAUCAAGCUCUGGGAAUCCCGGGGCCGCCUGAUCAAGACUUUAGUUGGACACGACAACUGGGUACGAGGCCUAUUGUUCCAUCCUGGCGGAAAGUACUUAAUCAGUGUUGCGGACGACAAAACAAUACGUUGCUGGGAUCUGUCUCAAGGGGGAAGAUUGGUGAAGACGAUCAACGCCCACGGGCAUUUUGUUAGUUGCAUUCGUUGGGGCCCAGUACCUGUGAGCGAUGUUCCAGUGGAGACUUCUGAAUCGACUAAAAGUUCCAAGACGGACUCUGUCAAGCCUGGGUUUCAAUGCGUCAUUGCAACAGGGAGCGCCGAUUCAAGUACUAAUACCAAUACGAAGACUCAGAUCAUGAAGCUCCCUCCUCCCAUCCGCAAGACACAUACACACAUCCAUGUAAAUGCAAUCCCAGGAGAAACAAACAAGGCCCGACAUUCCGAGAUCGAGGUCAAGGUCGAUGUCUCCAGCCGCAGAACCCUUUUUUCCUGUACACAAACAAACACAAACACACUGCUGCUUAUGACGGCCCCCGACCAGGAAGAAUUGAUUGAUGAAAUGAUGAAUGAGAUUAUGACUGAAGCUGAAUCUGAUACACACACGUUGGUUGUCUAG